GAGCCAGCUGCUAGGCUUCCAAGCGCGACAUGACAACUGAUGAAGUCAAAAAUGAGAUUGACGCCAAGGUGAAGGAGCUGUUUGAGACAAGCGACCCAGAAACAUACGGAGAAUUCACUUUCUUUUUGGUGAUGCACGAAGAGCACUACUCAGGCUUGGCCAAGGUCAAAGAUGUGCCUGCAGCGUUACGCGCUUAUGUCAAGAAAGCACUUCGCGUGACAGACAUGCCAAUGGAGGAGGGGGAAGUCCUUACACCAGACGAGGCGGAGAUGAUGUUGAAUGAGUGUAGAGAUCGCUGGGGCACAGAGAUUCAGCGUCUUGAAGAUGCAGGAAUUGUCAGCAGUGCCAUGUUGCAAGGGAUGAAGAGCGCACAAACAAGCCUGGUUCCCGCUGCCACAGCAGCUGGUUCAGCUGCAAUCAGGUUGUCGGCUGCUGCUAUCAAUGUAGCUGCCCGCCACACGUUUGUUGCGGUAGUGUAUAGGGUCGGCAGUGUGGCAACCGCGGCCUCAGGAGACAUUUUUGGAUCAAUCUUCCUUUCCAUAGUCGCUGAUGGUGCUGAGAUUGCAUCUCUUGCCAGUCGGCAGUUGGCGCAGAGAAUGCAGAACGUGUCAACUGUAUGCACAUGGGCUUCCAGAGCAGGCACGGUACUUACAGUGGGCAUGCUCGGAUACGAGCUCUAUUCCAACAUUCGGAUGUACUGGAAGGGGGAGAUCGAUGGCUACAAAUGUGCCGAGAACUUGGCAAGUUCCUUUGGUGCGGCUGCUGCAGGAUUUGCAGGUGGUGCUGGAGCCGUAGCUUUGUGCGCUGGGGCUGGUCCGUGGGGUCUGAUUUUUGCAGGUCUUGCAGGUGGAGUACUUGCAAGUGGACUCACAACCAUGGGAGUGAAGUCCUUAUUCCAGAGCCUGUUUGGCACAGACCGAGACAGGGCUUUGGAGAAAGCUUACGCGACCCUGGAGUUGAAGCAAGGAGCAUCGCCUCAUGAAGUUCGCCAUGCCUACCUCACUCUUGCAAAGAAAGCACAUCCUGACAAAGGUGGAAACCGAGAGGACUUCAUCAAAAUCAAUUCCGCCUACGAACUGAUCCGGGCAUCCGUCCUUUCUUAGUAGACAGGCUUUGUUCGAUAGGUUUGGCAUGUGCGGGGUAUGGCAAAAU